AUGCAACAAUCCGAAGUAAAUAGUUCAUCAUCUCAAUUAAAUCAUGACAAUCUUAAACGUCGGAGUGUUGAUCCUUCAAUUGUGUGGCGACAUUUAUGUGCAUCAAUGCUAAUUAAUUAUAAACCAUUACAAACUAAACUUCUUUAUUGUAUUGGUCAUUUGUAUUCAACAACCUGCAAUGGAUCUUACUUUCUUCAAGUUAAACCAGAAUUAUUUGUACAAAUAUUCGAAUCAUUAUUUAAAAAAGAAUUUAAUUAUGAAAAUUUACUUUUAAAUGUAACGAAAAAUAGUUUAUUAAUAACCAAAGAUGAACAAUUAAAUGAAAUAUCUCCAUCAUUGUCUUCAAUGUCUAUCUCUCAUUCAACUGUGUUUGAUUCACUAUCAAAAUGGUCAUCAUACAAACGAAAGAAACGUCAACAAACGUUUGAAUAUUUAUGUUUGAAUUAUAUUCAAUUUAGAAGAUUUUCUACAUAUUACUUAAUUCAGAUUGAAAAAUAUCAACAAAUACGAUCAAGUUCAAAAUUAAUGAAACAACUUUAUGAAGCACUAAAAUAUCAUGCAUGCAAAAAUUAUCAAGAAUCAAUUGGUUGGUACGAAAAUACGUUUUAUACGUUGGACUAUAAUAAAAAUCAAUUGGAAUCAAAUGAGAGAGAAAGUUUAAAAGAAAAAUUUGAUAAUGUUCGACAAAGAUUUCGUCAAUUGCUUGAACAACAAUAUAAUACAAUUGAUCAAUUAAAGUUAAACGAUAUAUCAACAUCAUCAAAAAACAUUUCAUUUCAAGCACGAAAUCAAAACGAAUAUGAUAAAGUAAAAGUUAGAUCAGAUAGUCUGUUACAAAAUUUCACUGACGAGUGA